GCAGGCCGGGUCCAGAUGCCCUGCCCUCGGCCGCCCUGGAUCCGCCGCCCCCGGUUCCCCAUGGGCUCGGAGCCUAGCAUCCCGGGCUCGCCGUCCACACUCCGGCCCCCCAGCAGGGGAGAGGACGAAGACGAGGGUGAUGAGGAGGAAGGGGACGGCAGCCAGGGACCCAUCCUGCCGCCCGCGUCCCCCGUGGAAUGCCUCAUCUGCGUGUCGCCCUUCGACAGCGUAUUCAAGCUGCCCAAGUGCCUGGACUGCAGCCACGUCUUCUGCCUCGAGUGCCUGGCUCGUCUGUCUCUGGCCACGGCGGGCGGCGGUGACGCGGUGGCCUGUCCCGUGUGCCGCGCGCCCACGCGCCUGGCCCCGCGCCGCGGGCUCCCCGCGCUGCCCACGCAGUUCGGCCUGCUGCCCGGCUCCGCACGCGCCCCGCCGCCGCUCCAGGGCUCCGUGCGCUUCGACCGCCGGCGCGGCCUGCUCUACGUGCGGCAGCCGCCGCCCGCGCCCGGACCGCGCAAGGCCCGCCCCCCGCCGCCGCCGCCGCCGCUGCGCCUCGGCCGCCCGCUGUCGCGCCGCCUGACGCUGGCCAGCUCGGCCCGGGUCUUCCACGCGGCCGUCGCCCUGGCAGUGCUUGUGGCCGCGGGCCUCGUGGUCACGGGCCUCUACAUCUUCUUCCUCAUCCCGCGCGCCACCACCUCCAGCCCCGCUCGGCCCCAGCUCGUGGCGCUCGCCCCGGCGCCCGGCUUCUCCUGGUUCCUGCCUCGGCCCACGCCGGCGGCGCCCUGGAUCCCCGGCUGGAUGCCGCGCCCCGUGGGCCAUGACCUGAACGCCGCCCCACCGGGGGCUGCAGAGGACGCGCUGGAGCCCGAGGGGGUUCCCGAAGAGACAGAGACGCCGGACGGGUCCUUGGACCGCAGGUGGGGGGCGGAGGCUUGGCCUGACUGGGCCCCGCGAGCACGCGGCGGGUGGAGGCGGUGGGGGGCGCAGUAAAAGCAUCCGCGCCGCAGGCCCUGCCUCAGGCCUGGGGACCCCAGUGUCAUCCUAAUGCUCGCCAUGAUCCCCGUGGAGGCCUUAGAGGGCGCAUGGCAAGCACCCAUUUCUCUAGAGAGGCCUGGCAUCAUUAGCACGGAGCAGGGACCCUCUCAAGGAGCACCCCUGACACCAAUCUCUGUGGGCAUCCAGCUGUGGGACCCCCAUGUCUGUAAAGGUCUUGCUGGGAGGCACUCAUAAACCAGCUGGGGGUACACUCGAUCCUCAGCUCUUGUGGGAGUCCAGCUGCAGGGUCCCUCUGACCAACAUCGUGCAGUGGCCCUGCUAGGGGUACCCCAUCCCUGAUCCUCGUAAGUGUCCUACUGAAUACACCCCAAUCAUCAGAACUCCAGGAGAACGCUCAUCCUUGGCUGGCACCAGAGCUUAAGUCUCUGAUUUACUCAUCCUUUGGGCUUUCUGCAGGUGCUGGGGGCCCCCAUCUUUGGAUGGCAGACUAUUCCCUGGCCACACCUGUGAGUGGCCCACUGCAGGACCAACCACCCCACUCCUCCCCAGGCUGUGGAGUUGCUGCCUGCAGGCUGAGCCUGGGUGGGAUCCAGCCAUCUCCAUGUUGGUCCUGCAUUUGCUGCCUUACAGAUCUGGCUGGGGCUUGGGCUUGAAGGGGGAGGUGUGGCCUGGCCAGGACUGGGGAGAGACAGACAGGGCCUGAGCCUCAAAAACUGGCUUCCACUUGGGUCCUGAAUAUCAACUUGCAAUGGGACCUCGAUUUCCCCUAUGGCUAGUGGCUUCUGAGAUUCUCCUAAUAUGCUGAGGGGCAGCUGCGGUCACUGAGCCUCAAAGAGGCCAAGGUUGCCCUCUGGGUCAGACAGUGUCAUGUGAUUUGGGGUGAGGGAUCGCUCCUGGACAUCCCUGGCCCCUCUCCUUAGCCACUAGAGCCCUCAUCACCCCCAUCUCCACUCAUUAAAUACUCAGUGUCGGUUACUGCACCUCCUCCAGGGCUCCAUCAGCAUUUUGUGGCAAGCCUGCUGUACACCAGGGUGAAUGAAGCCUCAGCCCUCCUUCAGCAGGGAGAGUGGUCCUCCUCUCAGAAGCCUUCCUGGGUUAGUCACAGUGGUGUAGAUAGCAGCCACCUUCUGCACAAACUAAACAUGGACUUUCUGUCUCCCCCCCAGGCCCUGGAGCCCCGAGUCUGCCUCACUUCACCCCAGGUUGGGAUCCAAUAUGCCCCUCCUCAUGCCUUCCCUCCUAACCCCCAGGCUGGGAGAGUUAGGGUGAGGGAGCAGAACUGGCAGGGAUGGGCGCAGCCAGGGGGGUCAGAAGGGGCCCUUGGCUGGUGGUGCACGGAAGAGAAAGAUGAUGCUUUCUGCCUGAGGGUGUUCAAGGACGGCAGGCGGACUCUCAACCACUGCGCCACCAGGGAAGCCCGGGGCUGUA